UCAAAGUCUUUUGUCCCUAGGCGGACACCGUUUGACUGCUAAGAUUUGUCUGAGCUCUCGCUGACUUCGUAGAGUGCGUAAUUCUACCUUUUUUUCCGCGCUUGCCAUGGUGAGCCGAGGGGCUCGGCAGCGACUGAAGGGCGGCGGCGGCAGUAGCAGCGGGGACACGGCCUCGGCCGCGGACAAGCUGCGGGAGCUGCUGGGCACCCGAGAGGCCGGCGGCGUGGAGCACCGACCCGAAUUAUCUGGAAACAAAGCAGGUCAAGUCUGGGCACCUGAAGGAUCUACUGCUUUCAAGUGUUUGCUCUCAGCAAGGUUGUGUGCUGCUCUUCUGAGCAACAUCUCUGACUGUGAUGAAACGUUCAACUACUGGGAACCAACACACUACCUCAUCUAUGGGAAAGGGUUUCAGACUUGGGAAUAUUCCCCGGUGUAUGCCAUUCGUUCUUAUGCUUAUCUGUUGCUUCAUGCCUGGCCUGCUGCAUUUCAUGCAAGAAUUCUACAAACUAAUAAGAUUCUUGUCUUUUAUUUUUUGCGAUGUCUUCUGGCAUUUGUGAGCUGUAUUUGUGAACUUUACUUUUACAAGGCUGUGUGUAAGAAGUUUGGGCUGCAUGUGAGUCGAAUGAUGCUAGCCUUCUUGGUGCUCAGCACUGGCAUGUUUUGUUCAUCAUCUGCUUUCCUUCCUAGUAGCUUUUGUAUGUAUACUACGUUGAUAGCCAUGACUGGCUGGUAUAUGGACAAGACUCCCAUUGCUGUGCUGGGCGUAGCAGCUGGGGCUAUCUUAGGCUGGCCAUUCAGUGCAGCUCUUGGCUUACCCAUUGCCUUUGAUUUGCUGGUCAUGAAACAUAGGUGGAAGAGUUUCUUUCAUUGGUCACUGGGGGCUCUAAUUCUCUUUCUGGUGCCUGUAGUGGUCAUUGACAGCUACUAUUAUGGGAAGUUGGUAAUUGCACCACUCAACAUUCUAUUAUAUAAUGUCUUCACUUCUCAUGGACCUGAUCUUUAUGGUACAGAACCGUGGUAUUUCUAUUUAAUUAAUGGAUUUCUGAAUUUCAAUGUUGCCUUUGCUUUGGCUCUUCUGGUCUUGCCACUGACUUCUCUUAUGGAGUACCUGCUGCAGAGAUUUCAUGUUCAGAAUUUAGGCCACCCAUAUUGGCUUACCUUGGCUCCAAUGUAUGUUUGGUUUAUAAUUUUCUUCAUCCAGCCUCACAAAGAAGAGAGAUUUCUUUUCCCUGUAUAUCCACUUAUAUGUCUCUGUGGCGCUGUGGCUCUUUCUGCACUUCAGAAAUGCUACCACUUUGUGUUUCAACGAUACCGCUUGGAGCACUAUACUGUGACAUCCAAUUGGCUGGCAUUAGGAAUAGUCUUCCUGUUUGGGCUCUUAUCAUUUUCUCGCUCUGUGGCACUGUUCAGAGGAUAUCAUGGACCCCUUGACUUGUAUCCAGAAUUUUACCGAAUUGCUACAGAUCCAACUAUCCACACUGUCCCAGAAGGCAGACCUGUGAAUGUCUGUGUGGGAAAAGAGUGGUAUCGAUUUCCCAGCAGCUUCCUGCUGCCUGAUAAUUGGCAGCUUCAGUUCAUUCCAUCAGAGUUCAGAGGUCAGCUACCAAAACCUUUUGCAGCGGGACCACUGGCCACCCGGAUUGUUCCUACUGACAUGAAUGACCAGAACCUAGAAGAGCCAUCCAGAUAUAUAGACAUCAGUAAAUGUCACUAUUUAGUAGAUUUGGACACCAUGAGAGAAAGACCCCGGGAGCCAAGAUAUUCAUCCAAUCGAGAAGAAUGGAUCAGCUUGGUCCACAGACCAUUUCUUGAUACCUCUAGAUACUUUCCUCAGACCUUCAUCUGGCAGAGCUAUCCCAGGACAGACUUGGCUUUAAGACACAUUGAUCUUCAAAGCUACUUCGGGCAUUUUAUGUCCCCUUCUUGUCUGAUCAGUAUACAGUGUAUGCAAACUACACCAUCUUCAAAUCCCGGAAAGCAAAGCAACUCAGGAAGAAAAGUGGAGUGAGAGCACAAUAAAUUGGAAAAUACUGUGCCAAGUGCUCCAGGUCAUUUUUUUCCUCGUUUGAUGUUCUGGGAAUGAAGUUUGAUGCCAUGCGUGGUGGUGCAUGCCUGUAAUCCCAGCACUCAGGAGGCUGAAGCCAUGAGUUUGAGGCCAACCUGAACUACAUAGCAAGACCAUGUCUCAAAAAAAGAAGAAAAAAAAAGUUUGAAAACCCCAUGUGAUGCUGCAGCAUGAGAUACAAGCUGACCAUUUCACCAAUGGCAGUCCUUUAUUGUGUUUCACAUUUCCUGGGAUUUAUUGAAAUAAUUCACUGUGAUUAUACACUCAUCUGGCCAGUACCAGGCAGCUCUGUUUUUAAUUUGGUUAAUUUUAUUUUCUCUAGAGAGGGAGAAGAGACAAAUUAAAUCUUUGCCUUCACAGACAUAGUAAAGCUCAUGUGUUAAUUUAUUCUUAUGCUCCUACAUUAAAUGCCUUGGCUAAGUGGAUAAAUGGACAUCUGCUCAGCUUUAAUGUUUUUUUUUUUUUUUUUGGCAACAGAAAGAUCACACUUCUGUUUGGCACUGUUGGGAGUUUAGAGGCUCUCUGGUAUAUCCUUAAAGGUGAAUGUUGCCUUUAAUUUUUCCAAUUUAUGUAACCAUAUGAUUUAUGCUGCAAAUGAAAUCAGGAAGCAGUACAAUAUUAAAGCAAGAAUAUUAUCCAGUUCAUUUGUCUUUCAGAUUCUUGUACUUUAUUUCAUGUAUCAGUGUUUACAUUACAUACAUAUUGUGUUUUCUGUGAAAGUUAAGUCUUGACAGUUUGAUUUUCCUUUUGUUUUCAGCUUUUAAAUCUUUGUUGGAAAUUGGAAAAUGACAGAGCUAAACUCCUGUUUCCCCUAUUCUCACCUUUCGGUGCAUAGACUUGCCUUCUAGAGGCCAAGUAGCCCAGCAUGUUUUAUUCUAAAAAUUUUAGGAAGAAGCCUUUGGAAAACCCAGUGAGGAUUAGUUUUAUUUUACCUAAUGGAAAAACGAAGCAGAAGUAGGAAUUAUUUAGUAUUUGUAUAUAAUGCUGAAAAGAGAUGAAGUUCCUAGAUAUAUCUUAAGUGGACUUAGAAUCUCUGGACUGUGAAAGUAUAAUUUCAUAGAAAUUCUGAUCCAGUUAUAGCUGAUGUUUGGGUAAUUUCUCCCUUUGUUGAGAGUUGUCAGGAGGAAUAAAACUUUUUUAUAAAUGAGUUUCUAGAAUCAUUCCUGUACUUUCCACCUUAUAUCCAAUAACCUCUAGUAGCCAUCUGAUUUUAUACCAUUAGUUAUCACUUUCUUUCCCCUAGGACCCAAAAUCCCUUGAUUCUUAUUUUUAUUCAUUUCUCUCAUGUUAUUUUAGAGAAGGAUGCCUUUAGUUCAAGGAGGGAGAAGCUCAUAGCCUUAAUUUCUUUUUCCUUUCUACAGUGACAAUCUUUUGCUCUGUUUAUCUGUUACUUUGCUUUUAGGGCUGAAUCUCUUAAGAAGCCUUUCUAGAUUUCAACCCCUAUUAUUACUUCCUUUCCUGAAUUCUUUUGGAGUGUAUAGUGCCUUUUUGGAGAGCAUAGAACCUUAAUACUUAACCUUUUACACUUGUCUACCCCAAACAUUUUUAGCAUGUCUGGGCAAUGCCACACUUCUCUAUUUCCAAUGCUCCCCACAGAUUCCUGAACAUUUUGGUAAUGUACGUGUUUAUUGACAAUGAAUUUUAAAGAAAUAAAAAGACACCUCGAACUAAUA